AUGGGCAACGGGACCGAGGCUUGCAAUUUUGUUGAAGAUGUUAAUUCCUCCUACAAUCCACCAAUACUUAUUAUAACCUUUAUCCUCGGAUUUAUUGGGAAUGUGGUUGCUUUGUGGAUCUUCAGUUUUCAUGUCAGAUGCUGGAAACCAAACACAGUUUAUUCACUGAACCUGGCGAUUGCAGACACUCUAUUAAUCUGCUGUUUACCGUUUCGAGCAGAUUACUUCAUCCGGGGGAAGAACUGGAUUUUUGGGGAUGUAGCUUGUCGUCUGAAGAUCUUCAUGAUAUUUUUAAAUCGCACGGCCAGUGUCAUUCUCCUCACUGUUAUGGCGAUCGACCGGUAUUUUAAAGUGGUCCACCCUCACCACAGGAUGAACAAGAUGCCGACAAGGUGUGCAGUGAAGGUAGCCGGCAGCUUGUGGGUUCUGGCCGUGGCAAUUUCGUUGCAUUUUUUAACUGAAUGCCACAAGUUCAGGCACAACAAUCGGACAUUCUGUGAACCCGUUCACAUCCACGAUCGCCACUCGAUUAACACCAUUUGGACCGAUAUUGUUUUCAUCGUUUUUAAGUUUGCUAUCCCGUCUUCGAUUAUCCUCUUCUCCACGUCUCGCAUCAUCCGUAAAUUAACACAGAUGAAAACUGAAAUAAGGCGCAAAUAUAAACGAGCGAUGAAGCUGGUGAUCGCUGUGGCUGCAGUGUUUGUGCUUUGUUUCUUACCCACAAACAUUGCUGUUAUUGCUGUGUUAAUCACGAAAAACAUCAGCCCAGCAAACUGCAACUUGAAUGAAACAGCCGUUCAGAUAUUUUACGACACUCUGUGCAUAACCUACCUGAACAGUGUGUUCGAUCCAGUGAUUUAUUACUUUUCGAGCUCAACCUUCAAAGAUUCUUUGAAGAAAGCUCUUGUUGCUCUUAAACUGAGAUGUACCGAAUUGGAAACAAACCCAGCAGGCCAGGCAAAAGGGAAACAAUCGGGUGAAUCUUCAAAAUUGUCCUCGGCUGACAAUAUCUGUGAUCAAUUUCAAACUGAGAUGAUAGAGAAUCUUUGAGCUGCCUGUCAGUUACAACUUGUUCUGUCUGGCUCAAACGUUGCCAUCCUCAAACAUAUUUCUUUACAAAUCAGGUAGCUUGUUUUUUUAAAAAAAAAUCCAGUGUGCACGUAACAGCCCCACAUUUGCAGACGUCUACAGAGGAAUAUGGAGAUCUCUAGAUAGAAAUGUAGCGGAAUGGGACUCCAUCGACAUGUACAUUUAAUAAGAAAUGAAAUUGGUGCUUGCUUUUUUGUUCUUUUUGAGAGCCAUCGUUGAGGGGUGAUCGUGAGAGUUACGUAUCACUAUCCGCACAGUUGGUGUGAGAUUGGGCAACGCUGUCUCUAGAACAAUUCGACCAUUUCAGUUUAACUUUCCUGCACAAUGACUUUGAUGAUUGCUACUUUCAGAUAGCCAUCUGUGGUCUGGGACUGCAAUAUCAACCAAGAAACAAUGCAGCCUUUGGCUAAGUGAAUGACUCGCUUGACAGUACAGUAGCCCUUUUUAUUCUUUGGAACUACAGAAAGUCAGCUCAGAGAUAGUGACUCCGUUUUAAUGGCUUGCUAGCUUCUCCAAGGUCCUGCGUUCCACUGUGGGCACCUUAAGGACUUUGAGAAAACUAUAUAAACAUUUGGGACUUCCGUCAGAGAAUUCUGUGCCAUAGUUUGAAUUGCUGAAACUCCCUUAUCUUUUUACCAUUAACUCUGCCCAAGUUUCUACAGGGAACUGAAUCAGAUGAGACAACAAAGCACAAUCUUUGCUCCCACAGCCGAUACCAUUAAUCUAAACAGCUCCACCAGCAGAUGAGGCCUGCUACACAAGGCGAGAAACCUGGAGGAACUAUAAACUUUUACUGCUUAGACAUGUAGGAUUACCCUCCAGCUCCUCCUGAGUCUACAGCAGUGCUUUUGGAAAAAAAAUGUUUAUUGAAUUAAAAUAUAAACCAACUGCUAAACAACCCAGAAUGCAAUGUUUCUGUCUGAUUGAAUAACAUUUGUGCAAGAGGGCCUAAAGAGGGCUUCAGGUUCCUCUUUUACAGAAAUAAGGCACUUAAGACUGAUUCACAUGAAUGUCGGGCUAAUUUGGUCUAACCACCAUUGAAUCACCCCACUGUUAACAUUCAAGGAUCAAUGUUGAUCAGAAAAGUAACUGGCCCAACAAUAGUAUAUAAUUGUUACAAGAGUAGUUCGGAAUCUGGGAAUUCUGUGAUGUGUAGCUCAAUGAUUAACCAUUCAAAGCCUUUCCACCAUCAAGAAAGGGACAAUUCAAAGAAUAUUUCCCAUUUGUCUGGGUGUGUACAGUUCCAAUGACUGGUCAAAGCAGCCCAUUAAUCAUCUCCUAUAUUGAAAACCUUAAGCACUGACACAUGGUGGUAGCAGUGUGUACAAUCUACAAGAAGCAAUGCAAAAAAUUCACCAAAAUUUCUUUCAACAGCAUCUUCCAAACCUUUGACUUCAAGCACCUACAAAAAUAAGGGCAGCAGAAAUAUGGAAAAACCACCCACUGUGACUUAUUUUCCAAGUCACACAUAUCAUGACUUCCUUCACCAUCACUGGGCAAAAAGCCUAAAAUCUCCUCUCCUCAGCACUGUAGGUGUGUGUAUAAUGCAUGGACUGCAGCAGUUCAAGACCAUCACCAUCUCAAGUGCUAUUAUAUACGGGUAAUAAAUGCUGUCUUUUUACUGUGGAGAAGGAUACUGAAGGUAGAGAAUGUGGGGAA